AUGUUAGUGACCAUGUUAGUGCCCAUGUUAGUGACCAUGUUAGUGACCAUGUUAGUGACCAUGUUUGGUGACCAUGUUGGUGACCAUGUUAGUGCCCAUGUUAGUGACCAUGUUAGUGACCAUGUUAGUGACCAUGUUGGUGACCAUGUUAGUGCCCAUGUUAGUGACCAUGUUAGUGACCAUGUUAGUGACCAUGUUAGUGACCAUGUUAGUGACCAUGUUAGUGACCAUGUUAGUGACCAUGUUAGUGACCAUGUUAGUGACCAUGUUAGUGACCAUGUUAGUGACCAUGUUAGUGACCACAACGUUGUGGCCAUGAGCGCGACUGCAAACGCGUUGCCUUUCCGUGUCGGUUUCACUGCCUGCUUGCAGCGUGUUAGUGACCAUGUUAGUGGCCAUGUUAGUGACCAUGUUAGUGACCAUGUUAGUGACCAUGUUAGUGACCAUGUUAGUGACCAUGUUAGUGCCCAUGUUAGUGACCAUGUUAGUGACCAUCGUGUUAGUGACCAUGUUAGUGGCCAUGUUAGUGACCAUGUUAGUGACCAUGUUAGUGACCAUGUUAGUGACCAUGUUAGUGACCAUGUUAGUGACCAUGUUAGUGACCAUGUUAGUGACCAUGUUAGUGACCAUGUUAGUGACCAUGAUUUGGAAACAUUCAAUGGGUUUCACAAUGCAUACCUAAACUUUUACAGCUCAAUAAAAUAUGCAAAUUUAAAGAUACGUUUACAUUAUAUUGAUUUAGUUAUUCAGUAUGCAGGACAAAUUGGAGGGAUUGCCACUAAAUUUAUGUUUACAUAUUGCAAUACUGGAAUGUUAAGAGCACAUUACAACGAGCAGCUGCCAUGCUCUACCAUGCGUUGA